AUGGCCAAUCUCAAAGCCGCAAUGGCCAACAAAAGAAGGCCACAUCCCCAUAGGCACGCUGCAGGGACUGUUCCAUGCCCAACUUGUUUUGGCCAGGCGGUCAUCCAUCGCCACACACCAGACAUUCUGAAGGUGUUUGAGCUCAAGAGUCCAUGGAUAUUUGAGGUCGGAACAACACCUGCUUCGCCACCCACACCCAAGGUGUUGCAGAUGUAUGCAGAGUACCCGACAGGCCCGCCACCCCCUUUGCCAAAGAUCGAGAAACCCAAACCUAAGAUUAGGGGACUGGAGGGUAGGUCACUGGACGAGGUAGUCCUUCCCUUUGUUGAUGACUCUGACACUGAGGAAGAAGAAGACUAG